AUGUAUCUUGUUUUUCAUCAGUAUACCGACAUUGCAUUUAGCCACCUCAAUAUGUCUUCUGUAAGGGUAUUUUUGUGCGAUAUUUGCAUCGUAAUGCUAUUUGGCUUUACCUUCGUGCUAACAGAAGAAACAGUGAACAGUCAAACAGCAACUGACGAUGGUCCUAAAGGGAACUGCUCGUGUGGUGGGUUCUCAACUCCCACUCCUGAAGCUGGUAGCCCGCCGCUGCUGUCGCAAACACCGAGUCUAGUCGUCAAAUGCGAUCAAGAGGGGGAUAACUCGUGCAAAUUGCUGUGUAACGCUUUAGCUACUGCCACAAAAGCCAAAGGACCAGAAGUGUUGUGCAAUAGACUAAAAGACGCUAACGAAUUGAAGCUGUCUGCAUUCUAUAAAGUGUGCGACAAGCCGUGGCAAUACGCCGACAUGACCGCAGAAGAGCCGUUAUGCUGCGAGGACAACAAAGUGAAGACUUGCGCUUCUGUCGCCAAACCUAUUGUUGCUGAUAGCGUAGAUGCAAAAACAGUGAUGUAAUGGAUACAUUUAUGGUCGUUUUAUAAUCUGACUGUAUUAUUGUAGGAAUAAAUAUGUUCUAGUAGUGUCGCCAAUAAAUUCUAUUUGAUUAUGAAAUGCAAUAAAUGUAUUUGCUGCUUA